AUGUUUAGACGCUGCCUACUCCUCUUUUCACUCCGUCCGUCCACUUUGCGCGUCCGCGUGCCCAGGGUUGGACUUUGUGACGAUAGCAGAAACGUGAACAAGGCUCUGAAGAGCAUAAGGAAGCAGCUAGGGCCCCUCAGGAGACUCGACGGCCGCCCAUCCGGAGAUUCGUCCAGGGAUACUUCUGAAAACAGCUCAAUGCACACCCCAAAUAGUGAAACUGACCUUGAUGGCAAUUGUACCCUCGCUACCCUCCCUGAUAGCACCUGCACAACUACUAUCGCCAGCACCAACCACAGUAACAUCCCUGAUACUGCUUCCACUGCCCACAGAGCCAACACCAGCGACAGAGCUCUCAGGCUUGCAAUUAACUCUAGGAAUAGGUACCACAGGAACCUAUGGAUUGCCAUGAAGAAAAGGGACUCACUUUCAUUUGAUCGCACUUGCCAACAGUUAAGGAAUUCUGGACUCGGCCUCGAUGCUGUCAGCUAUGCCCUAAUGAUCAAUGGCACCUUAAUGUUUUCAAAAUCCUCUGACAUGGAUCAGGCUCUGGGCAUGGUCGAGGAGAUGAAGGAAGCUGGAAUUCACCCUAGUUUCAUUCGUUUUUUAUCUAGACUGAUUUCUUUGUAUUUGGAGAUGUGCUACUAUAACACUCGUCCGCUCAUAUCUAAUUGGCUUUCAGUUACCCGUUCUUCGUGGCUGACCGCAUAUCUCAUAACCAUUAAAAAUCGCUAA